AUGGACCACUACAUAUUUCAGUGUGAGGAAAGAACACCGUUUAUCUCCAAGAACCUCACACUAAAUGGCUGGCGUUCAUAUUUAUACUCCAAUACAUGGACAGGAAAACCAGACUUCAGAUGUGCUUUUUACAAAACGUUUAGUGAAGACCCACCAAUGUUCAAGAUGGUGAUUAGUGGGAGGAACUCGUGCGAUGGUCUAUUGAAGAGAAUGGAACAAUCCGAGGAAGCGGUUCCCGAGGGGUUUCGACAUAUCACCGAUGGAUCGAUAACUCUUAUUUUUGAAAACUUCCGACAAAAGCCCCUUUAUAUACCGUCAGACGAAUAA